AGGCCAAAGAGAGAGACUCUUAGAAGAAAAAAACAAAACGGAAAAACCGGAAAACUCCAACCUCCGACACAGUCGCUUUACCCUGAGAAAAUUUUGCUGCGACAAUCACUGAAACAACAAAUUUACUAGUAAUAAUCAAAACCCUGAAAAAAAAAAAACCACCAACUUUGAUUUCUCUAAGGAAUAUUUAAUUUUUUGGAAUCCUCUUUGUUUCCUUUUUUUUUUUUCCCUUUUUUUCUCUUUCAAUUUCUCUCAUUGGAGAGCUUUGCUUUACUGUUCCCAAAUUUCCUCCAAAGCCUCUUCUUUUCCUCCUUUUGUCCAUGGCUCUUCUUCUUCGGGUUCUCUGCUAACUCCUCCCCCCAUAUUUAGGUGCUGGUGAAUUUGGUUUAAUCAUGGACAUUUAUGUAUGCACAUGUAGUGGAAGAUCGAAACCCAACAAGUCCAAUCCUGGGUUUCUUUUCACUAUUGUGGUGAAAAUUUAACAAUGGAUGACCAAGGCGGUAGCAAGUUGACCGGAAUCCGGCAGAUUGUUAGACUAAAGGAACUCCUUCAAAAGUGGCAAACUGUCUCAUUAGGCUCAAGGCCAAAUAUCCCCAACUCACAGGAAAAUCAUGGGGGUGUCUCACGACCAAUUAACAAAAGGCUAACAAAUGUUGCGUGCUGCGAUUCUGAUGAGGAAAGCUCCCAUGGUCCUCAGCCACCGCCUGAUGUUCCAAAGGGAUAUUUGGCAGUUUAUGUUGGGCCAGAGCUUCGGAGGUUUAUCAUCCCCACGAGCUACCUUAGCCAUCCUGUCUUCAAGAUUUUGCUGGAAAAGGCUGAGGAGGAAUAUGGCUAUGAUCAUAAUGGCGGACUCACUCUCCCAUGUGAGAUUGAGACCUUCAAGUAUCUCCUGAAGUGCAUAGAGAACCAUCCAAAGGGUCAACCAUUUGAUGGCUCAGUUUGAACAGGCCCUUAUUUAUUUUUAGCUAAAAGCAUUUACUUUCUGGAGAUUCAUUAAACAUUGGGAAAGAGUAAUUGUGCUGGUCUUUAUAUUGAUCAAGAACUUUGGGGUUAAAGCAAGGUCUCUCUGUAUGCAGAUUUUUUCUUUCACUUUACUUUUUUCCUUUCUGGUUAAUUGAGAAACAAUAGGAAACUUUUAGUUAGAAAAUUUUCAGGUGUAUGAAAUGAAUGUGACGAGAGGGGGCAAUGUUCUAACCUCUCUGUCGUUAUUGGAAUGUGACUGGCAUCUAAUGUUUGAUUGAUAAUGAAAUACUUUUAUUGUUCAGAAAA